AGCAACAGAAUUAAUUAAAAAUGGCCGACUUUAUGAGUGAAGUCGCUAGAUUAGACGAAGAAACCUUAAAGCAAAUAGACAGAAUCCAGAAAGAAGUUGCUGAGAGCUGUGAGUUUAUUGGAGACCAAGAAGACAUUGAUAUCCUUACAAAACAGUAUUUACAAGAUGACGAAGUAUAUCAGGCCAAGAUAUCGGAUCUAAAGAGAAAGUAUAAGAAGCUAAGAAGAACCAGAGGCGAUGGAAACUGUUUCUUCAGAGCUUUUGGUUACGCUUACUUGGAGAAACAGCUGGAAGAGAAAACAGAUCUAGAUAGGUUUAAGUCAGCUGUAAUACAGUGUCGCUCUUCGUUGCUCAGUAUGGGCUAUCCUUCAUUUACUUUGGAAGACUUUCACGACACGUUCAUUGAUAUUGUUGAGUCUGUGAAUAAGGCCAGUACGUCAUCUGCUGAGCUCCUUCAGACAUUCCGUGAUCAGGGUCUCUCUGAUUACUGUGUUUGCUACCUUCGUAUAAUUACUUCCGGCUAUCUUCAGAGCAAUGCUGAGUUUUACUCCUCAUUCAUGGAUGGGUAUAGCACCAUUAAGGAAUACUGCAGCACAGAAGUUGAGCCAAUGUACAAAGAAGCCGACCACAUCCACAUUUCUGCCCUGACGUCAGCACUGGGUGUGUCUGUGGGUGUGGUCUACAUGGAUAGAGGGGAGGGGCUGGAGGUCAACGAGCACGUGUUUCCUGAGGGCAGUGACCCAAUGAUACAUUUACUGUAUAGACCAGGACAUUAUGAUAUACUUUACAAAUAACCAACAUAUUACCAAUAAUCAUUAUAGUCUUAGUACAUGUACAUGUACAUGUUUUAUUGUAAGUUUCAGUCGUAUAAUCAACUCAA